GAGAUGGACUCAUUAAAAGUAUUGGGGGGGGUCCACUGGAUGAACAAAACACAAACAACCCGGAGGAUCGGAUGAACUUCCUGUGUGUGUGUGGGGGGGGCGCUUGGGGCUAAGAUCUGGUGUCAGAACUGCAGGAACUCCCAGAAGCCUUUGCCAGUCCAGACGGGUGAGCGAGGAGCUGCGUCCAAACAUUCCUGGCAUCUCCAGUUUCCUGGAGCCUGUCCCAACAUGAACGCCACCAGGACGAGACCCCGGAGGGAGGGGCUCCUCCUCCUGCACCUCCUCCACAUGCCUCCUGUCUGAGAGCCUCAGCCGUCAUGAGGAGGAGGCCGAACCCCCCCUGAGGAGGCCUUCCACUCCCCAGACCUUCUAGAAGGUCCAGGAGAGAGGAGAACGUGCAGGAACAGUCCAUCAUGGACGUGUUCUCCUCAUGUUGGACUGCUUCUCCAUGUUCUCCUUUCAUAUGACAUGCAGGAACAGUCCAUCAUGUGUUCUCUGGGGCGAGAACAUGUUAAUGAUGGACUGUUCCUGUUCCACGUUCUCUAAGAGAAGAACAUGCAGGCAGAACGUGUCCAUGUUCUUCCUGCAUGUUGUUCUAUGACAGGAGAAUCUCCGAUGGGAGAACAUGUUAAUGAUGGACUGUUCCUGCAUGUUCUCCUUUCACAGAACAUGGACAUGAACAGUCCAUCAUGUGUUCUCUGGGGGAGAACAUGCAGGAACAGUCAGAACGUGUUGUCUGGACUCAUUAAUUUGCAGGAAAACGUUUUUCCAAACAAACGUUGGACUCUGCAGAAGCAGUGAUGCGUUCAGGAACACUCAGAGCAAACGCGUUUCUCAGAGGAGGAACAUCUGAACCUGUGAUCUCCUGCACGCUCACAAACAAGGUGGAGUCCGCACCUGUUGUAGUCCAGCCGCUGGCUCCGGGUCAGGGUUUGGGUCAGGGCCAGAAGAACCAGGGCCAGCAUCCUCCUUCAGGACCCACGACGGGUCAACGGGAACUAAUCCAGAGUGAGUCCGGUUUAACGGUGGAUUAGACCAGAGACGCAGAAAAGGCAAAUCCUCAGAGUUCCGUCAUCAACGCUCUUUGAUCCUCCGCUUCCGGUCACUGCAGCGACGCAGCGGGAAGAUUCCGGUUCACGGACUUUAUCCAGACGAUCACUGCUCCGUGUCAGACUCUCCUCCACGCUCAACCUCUUCCACGCGAGCUCAGCAGUAGCAGCUCCGCGCGCGCGCGCACGGGACGUUUGACCGCGCGCGCUCCGAUUCCACAUUAACGGCUGGAGUUGAGUGUUUAGUGAGAGUUGUGGUGCGGAGAGCGGGAAAUGUUUGACAGAUUUGAACCAGAACAUGAAGUUUGGACUCAACAGAGCGUCUGAUGGAAAAUGUUCAGAUAAGUCGGAACGGGACGGAACCCGUCACCACAGAACCGCUCACGAACGUUUCAGGAAAAAACUUGUUUCAAACCAUUUUUAGCUUUGUUUUCUAAGAAACUUUGACCUUUAGUCUAAACAUUUUGGGGAAAAACACUAAAAGUUUUUUUUUUUUUUUACAAAAACCGUUUUUUCCUCUCGUGGAUCUCCUUUUUCGCGGCAUCCCUUUGAUGAACCGUCCAACAGUCCGUUAAACAUGUUCUGAUGAAGACGGGUUACCGACCCAGCUUUGGUUCUGUUGGACCCGCUUCUCAACUCAACCCUUGAAGUUUCCCAGACUGGACGGAACCAGAAAUGACUGAACUCUGCCCCCUUGUGGCCAGACUCUGAACUCCUGGUUAUUAAUAGUUGGAAGCAUCGAUUACUGUAAUUGAUCCACCAUUAAUUAUCAUGUCAUUAAUCAUUCAAGAUUGUACGGUGGCCCCGAAGGUCAAAUCACUCAACACUGAAGCAUAUUUAAAAACUGCAUUUUAGAACAAACUGAAAUAGAAUAAAAAUGAAACAUUUCACACAAAAAAAAUCAAAAUUAAAUGUUAAAAAAUAAAACACAAUAAUGUCCGAUCCAUUCAAAACCAUAAAAUGAAGUUAUGUGACAUCAAUGAUGACGACAAUGGUCCUUUUCAACUAAAGUCACUUAGUUGAAAAAAGGCAACUACCCCUGGCUGCAGCCUGCAGAAUUGCACAACAUAAAAAGCUCUUCUCACUUAUUCAGAUGUUCUUCAUCGUCCGUCCAUCAGUCCGCCUGUCUCCGUCUGACCGACAGCAUGAAGAAAUGGGUCCAGGUUCUGGUUCUGGUGUGUGUUUGUUGUGUUGGUCCUGUGUGUUGUUGGCACGACUUGGACAACAGCGAGUACGACUGCUGGCCUCUGCAGGGACCCAACGAGUUCAACAUGAUUGACUGUGGAGGUCUGGAGAUGGCGUGGGUCGUCCGUCCUCCAGAGCUGGUGAAGAGCGGGGAGGUGUUCAGCGUCACAUAUUCUGUCACGGCCCGCGACUCUUUCUACGACUGGGCGAUCCAAAACCACAUCUUCACUCAGAGUGACAUAACAGACGCCGCUUCAGCUCGGAGCUUCUGCGAACGUCACGAGUGUCCUGCAAACUGGAAAGACGCCAACGGAGAGAACUGCUGCAUUCAUCACGCUAACAUCCACUCCUGUCCUCUGGGAUACAUGACAACAGAGAGCAUCUGUGGCCCCUGGAUCCCUGAUGAUGGAAAAAUCUUCACCCACACCAUUUCCACCUCCGGCAAGAUGUCCCAGACCAACUGGACUGCCAAGGUGGUUCUUCUUCAUGCAGGCUUGACCUCCCUCAUUGCUCACAUACGAGUUGGAAUCAUGCAGGCUGCCCUGGAGGCCAAAAGUACUGUGCUGCCAGCUAUGGUUUGUGGUAACAAUGUUUGUGAGGAGGGGGAGUUUUGCUCCACCUGUCCAGCCGACUGUGGCGAUUGUCCCAUGACCAUGACGACCAAAAUGGCCAUCAGUCUGCCGGUCAGCCUGUUCUGCUUGUCCUUCAUCCUCACUGCAGUGUGGCUGAGGUACCAGAAGGAGAAGCUGCUGUGGGACGAGAGCUGGAUCAUCGACUUCUCAAUGAUCAAACAAGAUCAGGAAUCACGAAUGACCAUGGGCAGUAUAAUGAGUGUUCCUGUGGGGAACUGUGACAGCAACACCAGCUGUCUGACUGGGCUCAAUUCCUGUACAGGACAACCUGGAACCCGAAAGACUCCAUUCAUCUGCACCGGGAUAUAUGACGGCAGGACCGUAGCCAUCAAGAUAAUCCAGACAAAGAUGUUCUCACUGUCCAAAACCAUCAGACAAGAAGUCAAACAAGUCAGGGAACUGGAUCACCCCAAUCUCUGCAAGUUUAUUGGAGGCUGUAUUGAGGUUCCAAACAUCGCCAUAAUAACAGAGUAUUGCCCAAAGGGAAGCCUUAACGAUGUCCUUCUUAACGAGGAGAUCCCAAUCAACUGGGGCUUCAGAUUCUCCUUUGCUGCGGACAUCGCCAGAGGGAUGUCGUAUCUCCACCAGCACAAGAUCUGUCACGGGCGACUGAAGUCUAUGAACUGUGUCUUGGAUGACCGCUGGGUCUGCAAAAUAACAGAUUAUGGACUGAGGAUGUACCGCAGAGACGAUGGGACCGAACCGCUGUCUACCUAUCAGCAGAGGCUCAUGGAGGUGUACAUGCCACCCGAGUUUCAGAACUCCAACAUGGAACCAACGCUAGCUGGAGACGUCUUCAGUUAUUCCAUAAUUCUCCUGGAGAUAGCCACUCGGAAUGACCCCGUCCCUGCAGAAGAGUCCAGUCUGGACUGUGGUUGGUGUCCUCCUCUGCCUGAGCUGAUCUCCAGUAAAACCGACAACACCUGCCCCUGCCCCGCUGACUACGUCGAUCUGAUUCGUCGGUGCCGUUCUCAUAACCCCGCCCACCGGCCCACCUUUGAGCAAAUUAAAAAGUUUGUCCACCGGAUCAACCCCAUUAAAGUCAGCCCAGUGGACAUGAUGAUGAACCUGAUGGAGAAGUACAGCAAACACCUGGAGGUCCUGGUGGCCGAGCGGACUCAGGAUCUGACCCACGAGAAACAGAAAACCGACCGGCUGCUUUACAGUAUGCUCCCAAAGCAGGUCGCCGACGAUCUACGUCAGGGGAAACCGUCGCAGGCGCAGAGCUACGUCAGCGCCACCGUCUUCUUCAGCGACAUCGUUGGCUUCACUCAGCUGUCCAGCAGCAGCACGCCGUACCAGGUGGUGGACUUCCUCAACAAGCUCUACACAACCUUUGACAACAUCAUUGACAACUAUGACGUGUACAAGGUGGAGACCAUCGGCGACGCCUACAUGGUGGUGUCCGGGGUUCCUCAGGAGAACGGCAUCCUCCACGCCUCAGAGAUCGCCAGCAUGGCUCUGGACCUGGUGGGCGUCUGCCAGACCUUCCGGAUCCCCCACAAACCCAGCAUGCAGCUGCAGAUCCGCGCAGGAAUCCACUCUGGGCCGGUGGUGGCCGGAGUGGUGGGGACCAAGAUGCCGCGGUACUGUCUGUUUGGGGACACGGUGAACACGGCGUCCCGCAUGGAGUCCACCAGCACCGCCCUGAAGAUCCAGUGCAGCUCCAGCACCUUCUACCUGCUGGAGGAGAUCGGAGGCUACGUCCUGGAGUGUCGGGGAGUUCAGCAGGUCAAGGGCAAAGGAGACAUGGUGACCUACUGGCUGCAGGGGAAGAAGACCACUCCGGUCACCAGGGAUGUGAAGGAGUCUGAACCCACCAAGGCCGUUACCAUGGAGACGGAGGCAGAGAGGGAAGCGGCCAUUCCCGGGUUCCUGAGCGACGAUCUCCUCAUGGAUCCCGUCUGAAGACGCCUUCAGUGGGUUUAGAGAAGGACCAACACGUGUGUUUGAGUUUGUGUUAGGUUCCUGAAGCUUCAGCGUCUCACGUGUUUGACGGAAAUGUCGUUUUUGUAGAAACUCAAACCGUUUUUUCUCUUUAUUUAGCAGAAAUGUUUAAAACUGUUGUUGAUUUUGUA